UCAUAACCUCAUUUCCAUUGUUUACAUUUGUUUAAAUAGUUUGUUUGCUGAUAUUUUAUAUAAAUAAAUUAUUCAAAAACGUUUGAAGGAAAGUGAUUUAUAAAUGAAUAAACCAAUUUUUGUACUAUUAAUUUGUUUAUCGUUAACUCCUACAAACUAUGGAGAAGAUGUCAGUCACGAAUUAAUUACACCCAAGUUAAUAGAUUGCAAUAAUCUAAGAAUGGGGCAAUAUCUCUGUCCGGAUCCUUCAUACAACUUGGUGGAUCCCAAAACUCAACAAAUUCGCGGCUGUACGAAGGAAAACAAAGCAAAAUUGCCUUGUUUGGUGGUGGAGGGCCUCAUUUGCCAGGAAACACAAAACCGAACUUUUACUAGAGAAGUAGAUUGCCAAUGGACGAAUGGCUAUCAUUUUGAUACAGCAAUGCUGCUCUCCAUAUUCCUAGGGAUGUUCGGUAUAGACAGAUUUUAUUUGGGUUACCCUGCCAUAGGGCUAGCCAAAUUUUGCACUCUUGGAUUUAUGUUCCUGGGACAACUUGUCGAUGUUAUUUUAAUCUCAACACAAGUAGUGGGACCUGCAGAUGGUUCCGCUUACAUUAUUCCAUAUUACGGUGCCCGAGUUGAGGUGAUUUUAAGUGAUAAUUUCACUUAUAAAUUAAAACAAGACGAUUGGUAGGAAGUAGGUAUUGAAUUGAAUGAAACUGUGAUAAUAGCAUAUAAUUAUUAUAUUAGAUAAUUAAUCAACAACUCCUUUUUCUCUUAAUAAACCAUUUAUCCUAUUUCCUAAGCUGGAAUAAUAUUUCAUUUUUAUUACAAAAGCUUUAGCUUGUUUUAAAUCAUUUUUCCUAAAACACUCAUCAAUACUUUUUGCAAUAAUUUCCAAUUGAUUUUUGUUUUUAAUAUUAAACUUCUUUAGUUCUUCUAUAUCGCUUAUAUUAUCUAGUUCUUCAUUCAAUUCCAUCAUUUCCAUUAAGAAUUCUGGGUCAUCUAAAGUUUGUUCCUCUCCUAAUUUAUCACCUUUUAAUUGUAAUAAAUGUUCUGCCCUUUUCAAUGGCACUUGUAAGUUACUAUAUGCUUUAUUAACCAAAGAGGAAUAAUUUGCAGAUAUCGAUUGUUCUUCCUUGCUUUUAUUGGUGAAUUUAUCAGGAUGCAAGUGACUUUGCAAGGCCCUGUAUUUAUUCCUCAACUCUUUUGUAUCGAUAUCGAAUUUCUCGUCCAAAUUAAGUAAUCUAAAAUAAUUUUCGGUCUCUUGUGGAUUUUGUAUCACGUAACAUUCACUACAGAAUACGCUAAGCAAGUUUUUCCUUUCUAAACCACAUUUCCAGCAAACGUUCGGAUUGAAUCUUUGGGAAAUAUAGUUUUGAGAUAAUCUAGUCAAUUUCGUGUGGGAUUUGUUUAAAGUAUGAUAGGUAUUAUAUUUGUGAUUAGUAGUUACAAUUUUAAGUAUUUGUUUAACUAAGGACAUUAUUUUAAUUUAUAUUUAAACAGAAAUUUAAAAAUUACCAAACAAAGUCCC